ACUGGGAAGAAUGUUCCUUACAUUGGUGGUCAGUAGGAAGAAUGUUCUUUACAUUAGUUGUCAAUGGGAAGAAUGCCCCUUACAUUGGUUGUCAGUGGGAAGAAUGCUCCUUACAUUGGUGAUCAGUGGGAAGAAUGCCCCUUACAUUGGUUGUCAGUGGGAAGAAUGCUCUAUACAUUGGUGGUCAAUGGGAAGAAUGCUCCUUAUAUUGGUGGUAAGCAGGAAGAAUGUCCCUUACAUUGGUUGUCAGUUGGAAAGAAUGCACCUUACAUUGGUUGUCAGUGGGAGGAAUGCCCCUUACAUUGGCUGUCAAUUGGGAAGAAUGUCCCUUACAUUGGUGGUCAAUUGGGAAGAAUGUCCCUUACAUUGGUGGUCAAUGGGAAGAAUGCUCUUUACAUUGGUGGUCAAUGGGAAGUAUGCCCCUUAUAUUGGU